AUGAUAUCGAACAACAACAAGCUUGGUUCAGAAAAAGGUUUUUCAAAGAGUUUACAUGUUGGUGGUCAAAAAUUAUUAGUUGUAGAACACGAAAAUGAAAUAUUAAGUGGUGAAGGAGCUCCUUUUUGUUGUGUUAUCGGAUCACCUGAACAUACAGCUGCGUUAAGAGAAAAAAUUGAUGAAUUAAAAUUAAAUUCCGCUCGAUUAGAGAAAGAACGUUCUCAAUUAGAGCAAGAGCGUGCUGCUGCUCUUGAACGUUCUGCAAACAUAGGAACUCAACUUGACAAACUUGUCAAUGAAUUAAAAUAUCUCGGUCACGAUAAUACUGAUUCGAAUUCUGAACAAACGAUUCAUGCUACUGUGCAUACAUAUGGUCACUUACAAAAAUUGGAAAUUAUCGCUGAUGAAGAUGAAAUUAUUCAUAGCUAUGAUAGAUUAAUGAGAAAACCAAGAGUGAGACAAUAUUGGCAUAAAGGAACUUUGCAUCGAGAAGCAGAUGAAAGACAUGCAAGUUUUACUGAAUUAUUUUGGGAUUUAAUAUUUGUGGCUGUGGUUAGGAAUUUGGGACAUACUUAUCCUAUUUGGAGAGUAUGGUUGGAUGUCGCUUCAUAUUUAAAUAUAUUUAGUUCGGAAGAUCUUGUUGAGAAAUUCAUUAUUCUUUGGGAAAUGGUUAUCGUAAUAGUAAUGGGAACUCAUGCAUCAGAUAUAAUUCAUUUAACAAGUUCUACUUUCAUUAUAAGUUAUGUUCUCGCUCGUCUCUCGCUUGCAAUGUUAUACAUUGUGUACGCAAUUUGGAUACCAACGUUUCGUACCGGUUUUAUCGCAAAUGUAUGGGGAAUCGUAAUCCCAUGUACAAUUUGGUUUAUUGCCAUUUUUUCACCAUCAAAUAAUAUUAAUAUUGUUAUGUGGGUAGCUGUUUUAUUUGCCUUUAUUCCACUUUAUCACCGACAUUUUACAAAAAAUCCUGCAAAUCAUAUUCACACUCGAGAUUUUAAUCGAGUCGAUACACCAAACGAAUCAAUUGAAAAUUCGAUCACUUCUCCCACAAAAUCAAGUGUAAAUUUAUCGACUCCUCAUAAAGCAAUGAAAACAAGUGGUACUGAAUUUCAAUGGAAGUGGACCGAUAUGUUUAACAUUUUGAAGCAUAGUGAAUACCGUACAGCAUUAAAUAUUGAACAUUGGAGUGAACGAAUAGGAUUAUUUACUAUUAUCGCUGUAGGUGAAAGUGUUCUUGGAGUAUUAUACGUGAGUACUAAUGUAUAUCCAGAUGGCCAACUUGCUAAGGCUAUAUUAGGUUUAAUAAUAGCAUACAGCAUACACUGGAUAUAUUUUGAUGUUGAUGCAAGUAGACAAUUUCAACAUGCAUUGAGGAGACACGUGUUUACUGGAGUUUUGUUUACUUUUAUUCAUUUCCCUUUGAUUAUGUCGUUAAUCGCAUUUGGUUCUCUUGGAAGCCUGAUGACAAUAAUGGACUAUCUUGGUGAAGAAAAAAAUCAUACUUCUAAUGUUGAAGAUUCAGAUGUUAGUAGUCAUUUAUUAUUUGGUCGGGAAGUAAGCUCUGAAAGUACUAUAACCAAAUUUCCGGCGUCCUUAACAUGGUUAUUUUGUGCCUCUUUAGCUAUUGCUAUGUAUUCAAUGGCGAUAAUUGGGGUUUUACAUAAAGGUUUGGACUCUGUGAGUUUAACGAGAAUUCCAAAGUAUCAACGAAUAACCUUACGAUUCGUAGUAGGCACAAUAUUUUUACUCCUUCCUCUGGCGCAUCUCAAUACAUUAAAUUUGGUAGCUAUCCUUGCUUCACUUUCUAUCUUUUUAGUAAUAAUAGAAGCAUAUGGAAGAUUAAGAAGUGAUAUGCCAUUGUUUGGAAACUGUGAUGAAGAUGUUAUAGGGGGAAUGAAUGAAUCUAGUAGAUAUAUAAGAUGGCGAUGGGGAACUGCAGGCUUGAAUAAACGGGGAUGGUCACGAGGAUUUUUAAAAAGAACUAAGAAUAAAAAUGAAAAGAAUGAUAAAAGUGAUGGAACGGAUGAAAAAAAAUAA